AUGGAACAAGUCCAACAGGAUAAUCAAUACCAGCUUUUACUUGAACUAUUCCUGUCAGAAGAAACGUUAGAUGUCAAACUCACCAGCGACUCUUCUAUCAUCGACCCCGAGCAAGUAGUACACCAAGAGCCCGUGUUGAAAAGAUUUGUUGGUUACGAAGAUAAGAUUAAGCAACCUGAGUUCAUCGGCAAGGGCCAACAGGGCUUUGUUUUCAAGUUUAAGCACAAUGAACGAGAUCUUUGCCUGAAGUUGUUUUAUGAAUACACUGCACCAUAUAGUGAAGAAGAAGUAGCUUUUAUCAGCCCAUUCGGGUGUGAAGCGCGUGCAUUCGCUCGUCUAUGCGACCUGCACGAAAAUGGCCGUUGGGCAGUGCAGUGUCAUGGAUGGAUGUAUUUAACGGACUCCCAACUUCACCAGCUUCGGGAAGUAAGCGGGCCAGUGAGGAAUGAUCCGAAUUGGUAUCGGGCCCACUGGGCUAUUGUGAAGGAUUUUAUUGCUGAUGAGCCACCGAGCCGUCACGAUAAGAAAUUUCAAAAUAUUCUUACCAAUUUCUAUAUUCCAAAACGCGGCCAUAUCCUGCCCCGCGACGUUAAAAAGGACAAUUAUAGAGGGGACCGGAUUGUCGAUCUAGGAUGUACGAUUACCUUCCCUUUCUCUCGUCGUUAUGCGCGCUCGAAGCAAUUCUUUGACUUCUUCAACGACCUGGACAAACAUCAAUUAUGUCGAUGGGAUAUGUAG